AUGACGAUUGCGAAGGGUCAUCUUCACAGCACUCAGAACGUCGGAGAGCUCGGGGCCCUUUCCUGCGGCCUCUCGUGGUUGCGGGACCACCUGAACGCGGCAGCACGGCAGCUGGUCAAGAUCAUCAUCGAGUACGACUCGGAAUACGCGGCCAGCGUCAAACAGCGACGGGCCCGGGCACGGCAGAAUCUUAGGCUCGUGCUGAGAGCCCGCCACAUCUACGACUGGGUCUCUUCCUUCAUCGAACGGCGCAAGGUGGAAUCCCACAUGGGCCAGUUCUUCAACGAGCGAGCGGACCAUCUCGCCAAUUGCGGCGCGAGUGGCAUGUGCUGUGGGCUGCUGGAUGACCUGGAGUCCCUGGACCGCACGGCCACCGUCAUAGACAGCCUCAGGGCUGUGGGCCUCGGCCCCAGCUACUUCUUCGUUGUCGUGACCAUAGGCUUUGUGUUCAUCCUUGUGACGCUGAGGUUCGCUGGCAAGGCCCUCUCCCCGGUGCUGGACCCCGUGCUGGACGCCCUGCAGAGCAUUCCCAAGAGAUCUUUUGCCGUUGUCAGUCCUGAGCGGCCUGCUUGGCUCCGGCAGCCCUGGUGCCUGAGCCGCACCAGUGCGGACCGUGUCUUUCAGCUGGCGGAGAGGGGAGGCGGGGCAGACUUAGGGGGGGAGUGCCUAGCUUCGCUGCUUGUCUGAGGCAACCUGUUGCCGAGAGGGCAUCGACAUUGUCAGGGUGACAACACGGCCAUACGUGGUGCGAUAAUGCAUCCGCUUGCAUGCUUGCAUCGAUUUCAAUCGGAUUUUUUUAAAUGUGGUCGCGGACUCAUCGCAUCAGUGAUGACUCUUCGAGCCAGUGUGCAGGCCUGCACUGACCGCUCUAUCCAGCAGCCUGCGGCUAACCCCGCCACCGCAGGCGCAGCAGCGCAGUAGGAAGGAGGUUAUGGCCCGCUCCAGUUCUGUGCCCUCUUUGAUCUGUCGCGGUAACACGCCCUGUCUCAUUUGAGCUCGUGUUUUUUUCCACACGUGCGGUGUAAUCACAAGGGUAGUUCGGCCCGCUGCAAGAUGGAUCAGCCUCGCGACAGUGAGCGCUUUGGCUGCAGUGCAUCCCAUCGGCCAGGUUUGGGUAUACGUUUGCUCUUCACUAUCGCAUUGUGUCUUCCUCCCAGUGCGCAAUCAUCUUGGAUUCUCUGUCCAAUGUCAGGCUGCACGUCUGCAAAACUGUUCCUACGUGUCACGAACCUCUUGUCUUUUGGACCCUGCACUUGUGCUGUUGCGGUGUUCUUCAAGCACAGUUGAGUUGUGUGACGAAUAUCCAGCUGCGCUGCCGCUC